AUGCAGUCAAAGAAGUUUGAUGUGGUAAAGUUUAUUUCCUGCGGAACCUACUCCAUUGUCUAUGAGGUAGCCUACCCGCAGAGAAAUAAGGAGAAGGUGACCGCGACCAUGACCACGAAGUGGGCGCUAAAACGCAUUUAUUUGCAAAACGAAUCUGCUGUUCGUUGUGCUCUUCGGGAGCACCGUAUCCUUGUGCGGCUCGCCCUGGCGAAGGAGCAAUCGCCAUUUCUAGGCACCCUGCUGCAGAGCUUUCGAAUCCACGGAGGUCCGGCCUUUGUACUGCGCAAAGGAAGUGGCUUUGACCUGCAGGAUCUCAUCUCAAAUGUUGGCUUUCUCGGUGAGACUAAUGCGCGAUUUUACAGCAGCGAGAUUGUCUGUGGUCUGGAGUACCUUCAUGCCAUUCACAUCGUCCACAUGGAUGUCAAACCCACCAACAUGCUUAUUGCUGAUUCGGGUCACCUAUUUAUCACGGACUUUGAUCGCUCUUACGAUAUGGCACGGGACGUGGGACCCCCAAAGAAGGAGGACUUUACCGGAGCCCCCUUCUACAUGGCACCCGAAAUAAAAAAUCAGGUAGAAAUCACAACACGGGCGGAUGUGUGGAGCCUGGGCAUCCUCAUGGCCUGCAUCAUGUACGGUCACGUCACUGUGCAUAAUUGGCUGUGUACUGGUCUUUUGUUGGAAGAUUGUUUGCCAAAUGCCUCCAUACCUCUACGCAACUUCUUCAAAGCCUGCCUCAGGCGCAACCACAAUACGCGUGUGGACAUCGGCGGUGUCAAGCGUCUUGAGUUCUACAAAGACGUCAAAUGGGAAGAAGUGGUGGCAUGCACUAUGAAACCACCUUAUCACCCCUCCAAAUUGGCAGUCUUUACGCCUCGAAGGAAGUACAACCUUAACCCUUACGACUCUAGGCUUCUUGCUGCUGCUUACGAAACAAACAUGCCACUGAUAGUCCAAAGUCUUCGAUGCAUUCGUGACAAGCACGGGGUACAUGCCAAGAAAGGCAUGGAUCUGGAAGACACCGUGGAAUGUGAAAAUACAGCUCAUCAGCAUGAUUUGUGUCAAGACCAACAUCCACCGAUCGUCUUAACAGAUGGAAUGCAUUCGCGCGGCAAUCGCUACAUGUGCAUGGCUGUGCUACUGAAACGCAGUCUGCCGAGCUGA